AUGAAUGGAUUAACGAGAUUCCCAUCUGUCCCUAUCUACUCCCCCGCUAUGGUUUCAACCUUGACGUGGUGCGGGGGCUUAAGGUUUGUGGUGCAGCAUAUACUGGUAACGCACCCAAACUGAACUAAGAAGCCACAUCUAUUUAUCCUAUGGUAUCCCGAAAACGACCGACCGCCUGUCACGGCAACUAACCGCACUGAAGGUGCCAUAGGACUCCGUGCCGAUGCGUAUGGGGGCGCAUUUGCAGGGCCCAGGUUCUCUGGGUAGACUCAACGUCGGUGCUCCGGUUUCGUAUGAUUCCGUCGAGCUUACCGACGGCAGUCUGGCUAAAAACUCGAACGAGGCUCCGGUGGAGCGAGGACCGGUUUGGGCGAUCGGAUGGUGGGAAGCUUUAGCUUCCGCGGCCUGAAUUCCAGUGAGUCAGUUUCUGUGACUUUCGCCCUAGGGGCACAAUUUCCCUUAAGGGCUAAGCGCACAGGCGUUACUAGGCGUUUCGGCGUCUAUAGCCCGGGUGGCCAUUCAGUGGAGCGGGCUCGCUGAAUGGAUCAGCAUCCGGGAAAGAAGGGGCGUUCACCUAUGCUGGCUUUACGAAGUCCAGACGUGGUAGGCUGACUCAGAACGUUAACGUCUUCGGACAGUGGUGGCGUGGAACCCACGAUGCCAGCUGUCCGGUCGCCCAGAUUGGUAUAAACUCUUCUCGGAGCCCUCCCGUACCGAUACACCCUUCCCCAGGUGUGUAUUUCGGGCACUUGGACUAGCCAAGUGAGGGGUGGCGUCUUGCUUCGGGGUCGCCUCGAGUGGUGACUCAGCGUGAGACGUCGCUUCUGGUAUUAGGGUGCCACUUCGGUGGCGAAGAGGAUGGAAUUGGAACGGGACUUCGAGGGACUGCGUGGGAUGUCACGGACUUCGUGAUGGCAUCACGACACGUUCUCAGAGGUCAGAACGCAGCGAGGGAAUAUGGAUUAUGGGACCGGAAAGGAAGAGACUCAGGGGCUGAAGCUUGCAACCGCCAGUUUCAGUACGGGCCCUGCGAACCCGAGUUACUUGAGCAAACCACACCGUAAGGUCUCCGGUAUGCGCCUCAACGACCCACUCACGGUGUCACUGGGUGAUUCCGGUGGUGGUACGAGGCGGCUGGAGAAGACGGGGGCCUUGGCUUCAUUGCCCGGGCCGCGAGGAUGGAAGCUCUCUAAACUUCCCUUAAAUCCAAAGUAACGGUGCGCGACGAUGGGAUGCAUGGCUGAGGAGAUCUCGGUCACUAGCGGCCAAAUCUGGGGCACCUGCCGACCCUCCAGAAUAACUAGGCUUAUCCGGGUAAAGAGGGCUCUACUCGGACCGACCUCCUUUCCCUCACUCUCGUGGGACCAGCAUGGAAACACUCAUUCUUAAAUCAAAACCAACCAAAAUCACCAAAACUAACGACGACAAGGCCACGGACAUGGACUACGAAGUGAAUAAUUCAAGGAAACGAAAAGAGGAACGUACAUUGGUUUCGUCAGACUCAGAAACUUCCUCCUUCACGGUCGUGAAAACUAGAAGGAAAAAGAAGAGCAUAAUAUACUCUACGGAAGACGAAACACAGACAGACACGGCAACCAACGAUAAAAGAAAGAUACCAACACAGAAAACCACGAGACUCACCGACGACAAUACGAACAAACGCAACGAAAUACAAGACAGCAGGACUUCACCUACCAAAAAACUAAUAAACUUUCUCAAGAAUAUUGGCAAUGAACUGACACAAGACGACAUAAAAACAAUAAUAUGUAAAAUCACGGAAAUAGACAAAAUUCUCACCCAGAAGGAGGAAGAAAACAAAGAACUUCGAAAGAAACUUGACGAGAAAGAUAAUGUCACGGAAAAAAUAGGUCAAAUCGAUGUCGCUAUAAAAGGCGCACUUGAGAAACUGAACGAACUCAGAAAUAACUCCACCACAACGCAGCCAACAUAUGCCCAAAAGGUGCAAAUCACAUCUAAGAUUGUACCACCGAAAGCGAUCAGACCACCAAGAAAUGUCAUCACCAUUUACCCAGCAGAAAAUAAUAAAGCAGAGAACAGCGAGGAAACAAAAAUGAAACUCAUGGCAAACUUACUCCCAGCUAAGGAAAAACUAAAAAUCAGGAGCAUCCGGAAAAUCAGCAACAACGGAGUACUCAUCGAAACAGAGACCAAAGAUGACCUGGACAGAGUUCUUCAUAACAAUAAACUCAGCGCCAUCGGACUAACCGCAGGACUCCCAACUAAAAAACGGCCUAAAAUGAUAAUUUACGACGUGCCCAAGCACCUAUCAGAAAAAGAAAUCACAACGGCUAUUAAGCAUCAAAACCUGGAACAUAUCAGCAAAAACAGCUACAUCGAUGAAUUUAAGCUCCUAUUUAAAACCGGAGAUAGAAACAAGGAAACUGUCAACUGGGUCAUAGAGGUCAGUCCUACAAUCAGAAACAUCCUUAAAGAGAGGAAUAAAAUAUUCAUCGACUGGAGUGCUUGUUACAUCCGGGACUACAUCGCAAUAAGCCGGUGCUAUAAAUGCCAAAACUUUGGCCAUAUAGCACUCCAUUGCAAAGCCACUGUCUCCACCUGCGGACACUGCGCCCAGGACGGACAUUCGUACAAGAAUUGCCCAAAGAAAGAGAGUAACCCGUCCUGCAUAAACUGUAAAAGGGCAAAUCGCCCACACGACCACUCAAACAGGACCCAGACAUGCCCAGCAUACAAACACGCCAUCGAAACCCACAUCGCGAAAAUAAAUUAUGGAUAAUAACACCAACACGACUCAAUAUACAGCCGCACAACACAACCUCAGAUUCGCUCAAGUCAAUGCUCAAAACUCAAGAUCUGUUAUGGACGAAUUAAAAAUCAUUAUUCAAGGGAAGAAACUAGAUGCAAUA